GCUCCUCAGUCGGCGGCGGCUGCUGCUGCCUGUGGCCCGGGCGGCUGGGAGAAGCGGAGUGUUGGCGAGUGACGCGGCGGAGGUGUAGUUUGACGCGGUGUGUUACGUGGAGGAGAGAAUAAAACUCCAGCGAGAUCCGGGCCGCGAACGAAAGCAGUGACGGAGGCGCUUGUACCACCGGUAACUAAAUGACCAUGGAAUCUGGAGCAGAGAACCAGCAGAGUGGAGAUGCAGCUGUAACAGAAGCUGAAAAUCAACAAAUGACAGUUCAAGCCCAGCCACAGAUUGCCACAUUAGCCCAGGUAUCUAUGCCAGCAGCUCAUGCAACAUCAUCUGCUCCCACCGUAACUUUAGUACAGCUGCCCAAUGGGCAGACAGUUCAAGUCCAUGGAGUUAUUCAGGCGGCCCAGCCAUCAGUUAUUCAGUCUCCACAAGUCCAGACAGUUCAGUCUUCCUGUAAGGACUUAAAAAGACUUUUCUCCAGAACACAGAUUUCAACUAUUGCAGAAAGUGAAGAUUCACAGGAAUCAGUGGAUAGCGUAACUGAUUCCCAGAAACGAAGGGAAAUUCUUUCAAGGAGGCCUUCCUACAGGAAAAUUUUGAAUGACUUAUCUUCUGAUGCACCAGGAGUGCCAAGAAUUGAAGAAGAGAAGUCUGAGGAGGAGACAUCAGCCCCUGCCAUUACCACUGUAACGGUGCCAACUCCAAUUUACCAAACUAGCAGUGGACAGUACAUUGCCAUUACCCAGGGAGGAGCAAUACAGCUGGCUAACAAUGGUACCGAUGGGGUGCAAGGCCUUCAGACAUUAACCAUGACCAAUGCAGCUGCCACCCAACCGGGUACUACCAUCCUACAGUAUGCACAGACCACUGAUGGACAGCAGAUCUUAGUGCCCAGCAACCAAGUUGUUGUUCAAGCUGCCUCUGGAGAUGUACAGACAUACCAGAUUCGUACAGCACCUACCAGCACCAUUGCCCCUGGAGUAGUUAUGGCAUCUUCCCCAGCACUUCCUACACAGCCUGCUGAAGAAGCAGCUCGAAAGAGAGAAGUUCGUCUAAUGAAGAACAGGGAAGCAGCUCGAGAGUGUCGUAGAAAGAAGAAAGAAUAUGUGAAAUGUUUAGAAAACAGAGUGGCAGUGCUUGAAAAUCAAAACAAGACACUGAUUGAGGAGCUAAAAGCACUUAAGGACCUUUACUGCCACAAAUCAGAUUAAUUUGGAAUUUAAAUUUUCACCUGUUACGGUGGAAUCAAAAUGGACUGGAUUGGUCACAACCAGAAAGACAAAAUAAACAUUUUAUUUUCUAAACAUUUCUUUUUUUCUAUGCGCAAAACUGCCUGAAAGCAACUACAGAAUUUCAUUCAUUUGUGCUUUUGCAUUAAACUGUGAAUGUUCCAACACCUGCCUCCACUUCUCCCCUCAAGAAAUUUUCAGCGCCAGGAAUCAUGAAGAGACUUCUGCUUUUCAACUCCCACCCUCCUCAAGAAGUAAUAAUUUGUUUACUUGUAAAUUGAUGGGGGAAAUGAGGAAAAUGGAAAUUUUUUUUAAUGAUUUCAAGGUUUGUGCUGAGCUCCCUGAUUGCCUUAGGGACAGAGUUACCCUAGCCUCUUGCGCUGAAGUAAUGUGUGGGCCGCAUGCAUAAAGUAAGUAAGGUGCAAUGGAGGAAUGUUGAUUGCCAAACUGACUUGUUUUCACAUCUUCAUGGUGAAUUAUGUAAAACUAUUAAAAGACAAAAACCCUUUAAAAUAAUUUUGAGUAUGGUUUUGAAGGAAAUAGGAAUGAAUUUGGAGUACUCUAUGUUUGCUCUUUUCUUCAAUACUGAAAACUUGUCCGUGAUCCUUAAAAAUAUCCUGUAUUAAUUAGCCACAGGGCAGUUGUUGCUUCUUAAUUCGGUUCUAUGUGUGUUCAACAUUUUUGAAUACAUUGAAAGAAGUAACCAACUGAAUGAAAAAGCAUGGUAUUUGAAUUUUAAAUUAAAUUGUAGUAAAAGUACAAAGUUUACUUCAGUUAGCUAAAUCUUAAUAAAGAGACGCUGACUAGUAAACCAGUCCCUUGAGUUAUAUAACAAGGUUUUAAAAUAAACACUUUUGUCCUCAACAUCAAAGAUAUUUAUAUUGUCACUCAUUUACUUAAGAUAGUUAUUUACUGUUGCCUUUUGCAUCUACGUUGUACAACAGGAAAGUCUUCAAGAUCUACAUAAAACAGAGUGAUAUAUUUAUGUGUUAUAGGAGAAUAUUUUAAUUGUUUCCAUAUUAAUCUUUUCCAUUUAUCAGAGAAUCUAAUGAAUUUUCUAACUGAAAGAAGUUAUAAGGAUAUGGUCCUAAAAGGUUGUGUUACUUGUACACAAGAAAAGUUUAAUUUUUUUCAGACAUACUUGAAUGUCUGUUGUACUACAAUAUUUGGAUUGUCAUUCUUGUAAAAUUUUGUUUUCAUCUAAAAUGGGUAGUAUGCUUUAGCUUUCUAAUAUACCUUGUAGCCUUUAUCAUUUAUAAAGCAACUACCUGUUUUAAUUCUUGACUGACAGUCUGCAUUUGUGUAUAUCAUAUACUGUUCCCAAUUAUCAGUUACUCAUUUUAUUCACUAAGCCUGAUAAAUUAAAAAUUAUCCUUUAAAAGAAAAAUAGAACUAGGGUAGAGUUUAAAAAUUGGACAUUGAUGUAAUGUUACGUUAUAAUUUCUCAUUUGAGAAGGAAAUGCCUUUUUAAGAAAUCAAGAAACAAAAUAUAUAUUUAGUCAUGGGUUACUUAAGAAAGUUAAGUUUGUUUAACAUGACAACAAACUGUACAGAUACAGAUUUUAGUUAUUGGAUCCGUUUUAAAAGUGGGAUUUUUAAAAUUUGUAAAUGUUAUAUUUUUGUUUAUAACAAACCAUUGUCUUUUUUCAAGGAUGAACAGAGUUUAUGAAGGAGCAUCAUUCUAAGAAUUGAGUGAUGUAGUCCUUAUAUUUGGACAGUUCACCAGAUUCUCAAGAAGGCUUUCAAACGACUGUAAAGUUUGAUGUUUGUCCUGCUGAGCUAAUGGGGAAACUGAUAGCAUAAAAAUUAUUUUGUAUGCCAGCAUAGUAUGUCAUUUUCUAAAUAAUGCUUUAACAGUAACUAAGCAAAAUCACAAAUCUGUUCACAAACUGCAGUUCAUUUUUUUUUUUUAAUUACUUCAUAUUGAGUCAAGUCAAAUUGAACAUUUGAAUGUCAUAAGUGUUGUAAGUGAAAAACUGCCUGGUGUAUAACAAGUUGUAGUUGCUAUAAAGCUGUUUUUCCAAAAGUUGAGGCUUUCUGCUGAAUUAGGAAGUUGGUGACCCUCUUGGUCCCUAAUAAAUCAAGGCAAUCACAUAUCAGGUGGGUGGGGUUACAAGUUUCGAAGACCUGGUCCUUUAUACCUUAAAGAUGAUUGCACUGUUUUGAAGUCAGUUACUUAAUAGUGAGGUGAGAAAUGUAUUGUGUUGCUAAAUCUGUUAUAGACACUUGGAGAGACUUGAAGAUUUCAGUUUAUACAGAUAGAAAUCAAGCAUCUUUUAUGCAAUUUUUUUAAUACAAGAACUAGAAAACAGGUGUUUGUUUUUAAGCUUAACUUUGAGAAUCUUUAUUAAGAAAAUGACAUUAUUUUAAAAAAAUCUUGUAGCCCAGAACAUAUAUGGCCACAUUAUCAGUAAUGUUUUUCUCUUCAUAUUGGCCAAAAGGGAAUGAAGAUGUCAUCAUAGGAAUAUGUAUAUAUGCUACUGAUUUGCCUAGAAAAUAACAAGUUUGGUAUUGCUCACUUUGCAAAUAUAGGGCCAUGUGGCACUUUUAUCUAUAGGGGACAGAUUAACUCUAAUAAAAAUGAAGUGGGAGGGGUUUAUUUUUGAUAUAUUACUAUUAUGAGUUUUCAAGCUUUGAUAGUGUUAAACUGAAAAGUGGUUUAGAAAGGGCUAGAAUCCAAUGUGUUCACAUUAUUAAAAAGUUGAUAUAAUACAAUUUUAAGUUCAUUCUUUUUCAAACCCAAGUACCAUAUUGACAACCAUAAUAUUGUCAUAGGUGCUCUGUUCAUUUAGAUAUUUGGGAGGGGGGUUGGGGAAAUGGCAUUUGUAUAAUAUAUGUGUACAUAUAUAUAUAUAUAUAUACAUACAGUAUAUAAUCUAAAGCUCUGAGAGCUCUUAAGUCAGGAAUGCUGAGUAUUAUAGUAUAUUGAGGUCAGAUGAAAUUUUACAUUUUUGUGUCUUCUAUUGCAUCCCUUCUGGUAGUUUCUAUGACUGCAUUACUCCAGCACUCAUGAUUGAUUUUUAUCUUCUGAUUUUCUUCCAAGUAUUUUAUUUUUUUAUUAGUGUUCUUUGGCUUGAUACUUUUUAGUUUCUAGUCACUUGACACCCCCUCCCCCAAAAGUAUUUGGAUUUGGUUUUUCUGCUUUGUCUCUGGCAGCUAUAACAGUGGUAGGAAUGCUUUUUAAAUAACUUAAAAGGAACCACUGAGUUUUCAAAAUAUCAUCCUGGGGGAGGCAUUUUGGUGUUUCAUUUAGGCAGGGAUUUUUGUCAGAAAAUGUGUUUUUACAGUAGGUCAGCAACAGUGCAAGUAUCUGAAAGCACAAUACCAGUCAGGCGGGCUGUCCGAUCAGAAAUCAUCUGGCUGAAGUUUAUCUGUCUCUCAGGACUAAUCCCUACUAUCUUUUUGACCAUAUGAGAUGACAUGUAGAAUCAUACAAAGGUUUAGGAAGAAACAAGUUUGUAUAAACCAGGAUGCUUUUACUUACUUGAAGUGACUUCAUCUAGAUUUCUUUUCAUGUUUAAUAAGUUUAAAGCUGUGAUCAACUAAAGUCAGCUGUUAAAUUGGUUUAUGGAAGGCUGCUUCAUUAUGACAGUGGUUACGUACCUUUUCAGCUAUUUCUAAGAGGCUUUAUUUUAUUGCCUUUGUAGCCCUGAAAACUGCUGGUAUAUUAUUUCCCACUGAUGUAGUACAAAAGUUCUAUAUUUAUUUGGUUUAUAUUUACAUUCAUUCUUUGUAAAUGGUUGGUGCAACCUGCACUUUUAAAAAGGACCCAGUUAGCUGCCUCGCAAGCACAAGGUCCCAAGUUCAAUUCCCAGUACCAAAAAAAAAAAAGGACCCAGUUUGGGUAUUACUAACUUCAUCAAUUCAUUAUCAACAUACUUUCAAAUCAUGUGAUUUGGGGGGGGGUAUCGGGGAUCGAACUCAGGUCCUUGGCUCUUGCGCAGCAGGCAACGAAACCACUGAACUAAAUCCCCAGCCUCAUGUGAUGUUUUUAAUGGAAGCCUUUCAUUGAUUUUAUUUUAGCACCUAAAAGCUAGCCUUAAAAAUGCUGUAAGCGCAAGGUCCUGAGUUUGAUCCCC